GGUGACCCCACUGGUGGAACUCUGAACUCUUGACCCCCUCCCCCGCCCAGAGCCUGGCACGCCUGGCAACGAUGACGCACGCUCCACGUUAUCCCGAGAGUUUCUCCGACACGUGAUCAAGUUGCGACCUCACCUCAUCCAUCCCCUCAAUCGAGUACUUGAAUACAAGUCCCCAUUAUGAGAGACAUAUAACCACACAAGAGAGUCAUUGGCAGCUCCAAAUCAUUCUUGUUGUCUCUGUUUUGGUAAGUUUGUUGUUGGAAAUGCGAAGUCGCAGAAGCUUCACAAGGUACGAAGCUUAUAAAUAAAGCUGCAUCUGUAUUCCAUAUUGUUUUUUGCUCCGAUAUAGGUGCCAGGUACAGUAAGUAUGCAGAGUACUACUACCUAGGUAGUAGCGGUUACCUUCCAUUGCUUGUACACCAAUUGGGUGAUACUUUAUAUGUAGCCAAGAAACGGUCGCAGUUACCUUUUCAAACUCAACUGCUCCGUAGGUUGGGAUUUUGAAGCUCAAGCUCUCCCUCUCUCUACCACCAAUGCUCUUGAGGACAGGAGAGGGACUCCUUCCCCUUCAUACUGGAUUUUGUACUUCAAUUUCGAAUCUCUUUGGGAAGAGAUUACAAGAUCGAAACGCAAGAUUGACUCACCAGUCAACAGGUACGGACAAGUGACAGCGAGAUCGGAUCAAACAAUACCCCGCUAACAAUAUAUACCAAUACCACAGUCCGAACUUUUCACAAACAACACCAUCGCCGUCAACUUCCUCUAUCUUCCGUCGCAAGAUCCCAAUUCAAAUUCCAACCUUUCUACCGAAAUCACUCCACCAUGUCUCUCCCAGCAAACUCCAAAGACCACACCCCAGAAGAAGCAAUCGCCUUAUUCAAAGAAAUCGAAGCGAAGUUCCCAUCCAAAACAUUGGGCGAUGACAAAUGGUACCUAGUAGCUGUAUGUCCUCCACUCCUCCACAAUCAUAUCUCUACUAACAGAAAUGUCAGCUCUCCGGUCUAGUCGGCGUCGAACAAGAACUCGUCGGAACACUCUACACCUACCUCAUCUCCAAACCCGAAUUCGCUUCCUCGGAAUCCCGAAAAGCAUUGAUCCGUCGUAUACGCGAGGCUUUGGUGAAGAACAUGAGUAUUCAAGGAGUGGUCAAAUGUAUCGCAGCACUCAUCUCAAUAACCGCAGUCGAAAAGCCAGAGGACCAAGAUUUCUCAUUUUCUCGGUCAGUUGAACUAUCCCUCUCUUCCCCUAACCCCCGUCUCUCCUUACUUUCCGUUCUAACAACUUUUGCAUAUAGAGAAGGAUGGCAAGCCGGCCCAGCGAACAUCGAAAGAGGAGAAACCUGGCUCAACGCAAUCUACGAAGGCAAUCUAACCGAUACCACCGACCACUUCCUCGCGCACAAAGAUUUCGACUGGGUAUCAAGGGAGAUCACAUAUGGACUGUAUCUUUCCGAUCAUAGUAUUCUGGGACCGGUGGAUACGGAGCUCGUUGUUCUUGCGGGGGUGAUGAUCCAGAACUUGGAGCUUUCGACGGGAUGGCACUUACGGGGCACGAGAAGGAUCGGUGUGUCUGCAGAGGAUUGUGAGGCUGUGCAACAGUGUGUAAGUGGAAAUCUUUUGGGGAUUAGGUGGAGAUGAGUGAAGAUGGUACUAAUUUUGUGGUAGGUCGAGCUUAUUGGGGCGUUUGCGGGGAUUAGUUUACAUAAACUUCCUAGGGUGGGGGAUGUUGAACAUCAGGUUCAUCAAUUUAAGAAGUGAAAUGGGUGGUUGGUUGAAACUACACCAUAAAUUCUCACAUUUCACGGAGUUCAAAAAUGCGGAUAAUAAAAGUAAGAAUUCUUCUAACCCUUUUAUAUAUCUCGAUAUCCGGAUCCUCAAAGAUCUGUUUUAUCUUUCUAAGCGAGUUUUCUGGCUAUUGUAAGAGAAGAGGAUCUACAUUCUACAGUCUAUCUUAUCUAUCUACAGUCUAAUGAAGGAACUUGAAGUAUAAG